AUAAUUAAAACAAGACGUAACGUUCAAGCUUUAAGUUAUCCUGCCUUUUGGAAGAAUAAUGUCAAUCCUUCACUCAAGAAGUUUUUAGACUUCCGGUUCCACGCAGGUGAUUUGGAAGAUCCGAAAGUAGAGCACUAUCGUUAUCAAAGCGAAUUGAAUACCAUCAGCAAGUACUACUCUGAAGUAUCUGAAAUCGGCCAGCAAGUGUUAAAGUGGAAGAGUGAUUUCAAGGAGGAUAAAAGGUCUGAUUCAGUAAAGCUUUUUUGGAAUCUACAAGACGUCGUUAUGGAGUCUGAGCUAAUUGAUGAGAAAUCAAUAUUGCAGUGGAACAGGUCUCAAGAGACGUCAUCUGCUGUACAAAAAAAACAAAUUUCAAUCUACACAACUGCAUCACCAACGAAAAAGAAAGGAAAUUCUUCUUCGACUAAGAUGGUUCUUAGGGAAAAGAGGAAGGUAGACUAUACCGAACCAGAGACGGAUUCCGAUUCUUACGAAGAGAAGAAACCGAAGAAGCCUAAGAGAGUAGGCACUACAAGUAAUACCCAUUCACAAUCGUCAGAAUCUCAACCACCCAGAACUCCGCUACAAGCACCUUGGGAUUUGAGUCCGUUGAUGACGACGCCUAAUAAACGACCGUUUGAAAAGGAAGUUCAGCACACUCACCCCAUAUGUGCUUUUGAUAAAACGGUCUCGGAGUUAUCUUCAGAAAUCGGUGAGGAGCUCGCUAUUGAGCUGUUCUCUGUUCGUGAUGCCAACCCUACAAUAUGGACACCCGAUUUGGAAGAAUAUAUAAAUACCGUUCUCAAGGAAACCGGAAUUAGGUUUAAAACUGCAGUUCAGGUUAAUGUUCCGGAUGAACUUUUCCGGUUGUAUUGGGAGAAAGUUCUCCUCGACUUCUACAAUCUCGUAGAUAUUAAUCCUACGAUGGACCGAAAUAUAGGCGAACGGAAAUUUAUUACAUAUCAAAUAUCAUCGAUUUUAAAAUUUUAUGAGAGGACGUUUUUGAAUCUCAACCUCGACUGGAUUGAAAGUCAUGCGUCUUCAGCAAAAAUAACAAAAUCCACGACAAAUUCAGGCAUAGUCAAAGUAGAUUCUAGGGCAAUUCGUCGUUUAGAUGGGCAAGAAGUUUGGCAUAUGGAAACCGUGCAAAACAACGGACUUACAUUCGCUUGGUGA